AUGGACUCCAUCCCCAUCCCGGACGUCCUCUUGGAGGAGAUCUUUCUCCGCCUGCCCGCCCCGGACACGCUCGUCCGCGCCUCUGCCACCUGCACCACCUUCUGCCGCGUCAUCAAAGGUCGCGCCUUCCGCCGCCGCUUCCACGCGCUACACCGGCCUCCCCUCCUUGGCUUCAUGGACGCCGCCGGAUUCCACCCUGCCGAGGCACCGCACCCCUCCGCCCCGCUCGCCGGCGCCCUCACCCCCUGCGCUGCCGAUUUCUCCUUCGUCCCGGCCGUUGUUUCUUCAUCCUCUUACUACAAGAAAGAUGACGGGAAAGGCCCCCGCUGGCGCCCCCGCGACGUCCGUGGCGGCCGCGUCCUCCUAGACUGGAUCUCCCUCCACCCCCGCUUCAUCAAGAGCUGGAGCUAUCACUACGGCUCCGACAUAAGCAUCCUCGUGGACAUCAGCGACGUCCUUGGGAGGGGACCCCACCACACGUGGACCAAACGGGACAUGUGCAACGCCGCUGACUUCCACCUCGCUGUCUGCGAUCCGCUGUCCCGCGGAUUCAUGCUGCUUCCAACAAUACCCGAGGACCUCGCCGCCCUGCCGCAAGACCGCCUUGGGGCAUUCGAGCCCGUGCUCGCUCCGGCAACCGGCGACGAGCCCUUCAAGGUGAUAUGUGUGGCAAGAUACGAGACAAAGCUCGUCAUCUUUGUGUUCCCGUCCACAACUAUGCAAUGGUGUAUGGUUGAGUCCCCUGUCGUCCCUUCUUGGCACGUCAUGUCCUGUUUUGACUGCGUGGGCAGCUGCUUCUACUGGACAGACCGUUAUGACUGGACUGACCAUUUGAUGGUGCUGGACACACGUACUUUGAGGUUUUCAACUGUCAAUUUUCUCACUGGCUACCAUAUGGAGCUCAGAGAUGCUGACCUGAGCAUUGGUCAUGAUUGGCGUCCGAAUGCAGUUGUUGUGGGUAGUGAAGGAGCCAUUGAGAUGUUUUCUCUUGUCCCUCAGCACGGGUCCUUUGCUCUCCAUCAUACCUCUCUGCAGCCUGGGCAGGAUAGUACUCAUGAAUGGAAGCUGGAGAAGAUCGUACAGCUACCUAGGCAGGGUCAUGGCUAUUCCAUUUCCACAGUGGGUGCGGCCGAGGGAUUCUUGUUCUUCCAAGACAUUCCUGCUGGCCAUGAGCUUGAGAAUUUUGAUUGUUAUUCAAUGGAGGUCAAAACAUAUGAGAUUAUCAAGGUCUGUACAAAGGAUUUCUUUGACAGUGCACGAGCUCAUCCCUACUUUAGCUUCCCACCGGUGUUAUCGGAACCAACUGUUUGA